ACUUGACAGUGACGUGACAUCACCACUAUACCUCAUAUUGAUACACUGAGUAAUCAUGUAAAUUUUGGAUUAUUUACAAAUCUUCAAUGAUAACUUCAAAAAAGUACUAGUGUACUCACUGAACACAACAAAAGCAAGCCUGCGGAUACAUCUCUUUAUUACCUUUCAGCAGAAACCUAUGAAAAUGGAUGUGUUAUUAAUGAGGAACAUUUGUCCCGCCGGGAAGCAGGCGUUAAUUUGUUUUUUUAUUUCUACUUUAGUGUUUACGACAUCCUUCUUCUCUGGGAGUGUUCUAGGAUUCUCGUCAGAGCUAUGGGCUUUAACAUAUUGGGGUCCGGCGCUGUACUUCUGUUUAUUUAACUUCAUAUUACGAUACUGCUAUAAAGGCUUCAUGUAUGAGGUAUCAAUCAGAUCAGCUUUUCUUGGUGCAACAUUCUCCCUGGGCAUCUUCCUGGCCAGUUUUGAUAAUGGCUGGCGCGUGUUUGGGUUGUAUGCCAUAAUUCUAUCAUUCUUCCACUUCUCCGAGUUUGUGUCAGUGGCAUUGACUAAUCCAAGGACAUUGUCAGUGAAUUCAUUCAUAUUGAACCACAGUGUACAGUAUGGUGCUGCUGCAGUGGCCAGCUGGAUAGAAUGGGGACUGGAGUACUACUUUUUUCCUGACAUGAAGACCUACUUUUGGAUUUCUGCUGUGGGUGUGGUGAUGUGUGUCACAGGAGAGGGCCUCCGGAAGUCAGCCAUGUUCACUGCUAAGACUAACUUCAAUCACACUGUACAAUUUGUAAAGCGUCCAGAUCAUCAGCUGGUGACCCAUGGAGUGUACUCAUUCUGCAGACAUCCUAGCUAUGUGGGCUGGUUCUACUGGUCCAUUGGUACACAGAUAACUCUCCUAAACCCGAUCUGCAUUAUCAUCUACGCGCUAGCAUCAUGGACGUUCUUCCGCGAGCGAGUGUAUGCGGAGGAGCUGACCCUGCUGACCUUCUUCGGGCCGCAGUACGCAGAGUACCAGAAGAAAGUCGGCACCGGACUCCCAUACAUCAUGGGGUACAUCCCUGAGAACACCGAGCAGAAUAUCAAGGAUCAUCAUUGGAGUUAUUAGGUAAAGGAGAU